AAGAUUCGAAAGAUGAAAAUCCACAAGAAGAUUCGAAAGAUGAAAAUCCACAGAAAGAUUCGAAAAGUAGAAAAGUUAAACUAGAAAUUUUGAUAAAAUACAUCAAGCCAAAUAUUAAUUAUAUUGAUUGUGCCAUAAUUGCUUGCGAUGAUCGCGAAGCUUGCGACGCUUGUAAUACUGACGAGCCACAUCCGCACAACUUAAAGAACUUAGAGAAACGUUUGAGAGAAUAUAAUGAAUACGUAUCCAAAAAUUUUCUUAUUAUAAUUUGGGUGUUUGGUAAAAACCAUGAUGAAUGUUGUAAAGCCAAAGUUCUAAACCAUGAUGAAUGUUGUAAAGCCGAAUUUCUAAACUUUGACAACCUCCACGUGGUUUGUGUUCAUAAACUUGAAGCAAAAUUUCUAUGGUACAAUUUGAUAAAUUCAUUUAAAGAAAAAAUACUACGCAAGGACCCAAAAACUCUAUGGAAAAAUGCGAGAAAAAAUUUGAUUGAAGUACGCACGCCUGAAAAUAAUCUGAUAAAGUUACUUAAUGACGAAACACUACGCACGCCUGAAAAGUCACUUAAAGAUGAAACACUACCCACGACUGAAAAUAAACCAAAUAUUAUUCUAUGGCAAAAGUUGAUAAAGUCACUUAAUAAGUUGAUAAA